AUGGUAAGACCAGAUAUAAUAUAUGGAUUGGAAACAGCAACGCUGACCAAAGGACAAGAGAAGAAGCUGGAAGUUGCAGAAAUGAAGAUGAUGCGAUAUGAGGUGGGAGUUUCAAGGAAAGACAAAGUCAGAAAUAUAAACAUCAGGGAGACACUAGGCAUUGAAAAGAAGCUGACAGAUAAGAUCAAGGAAAACAGACGGAGGUGGUUUGGCCAUGUCUAUGGGAGGGAUGAGAGGUAUGUUGGGAAGAGGGUUAUGAAGAUGACUGUGGGGAAACGGACAAGACGCAGGCCAGAGAGACGUUGGUCUGAUUGUAACAAGGAAGAUCUGUGCUGGCGCGGCGGCAUGUGCCCCGACCAGUGGAGAGCCGGUCUUGACAAAGCAGAGACUAGGUGCAAUCUUUGUGGGACAUCCUCGCCGAUUUCUCACCUGGCUUCCUCCUGGGGUUUACAAGGGCUCGAAGCGGCGUGGCGUGGGGAAACAACUGUAGAAUAG